AUGAUUGUCCCACGCUCAUCUUGCCGCUUGGCGAGACACGCCCUACCUCAGCUGCAGCUCUGCAGGAGCUUACGACAAGCUGUUCGGGUCAACGCAGCCCGCCGUCACAUGAGCGCCGCCACAUACCAGUCACCGGCCGGACUGAAGGAUCUCCUGCGUGUUUCUGAAGAGGUGGCCGAUGCCGUUGCGACGAACAAGCCCGUCGUGGCCCUGGAGUCGACAAUUUACACCCAUGGUGCGCUGGGCAAUGAUCUCGGUCUGGAAGACAUCGUCCGUAAGGGCGGCGGCGUCCCUGCCGUCUGCGGUAUCCUGAAUGGCGAGCCCGUCGUUGGCCUGACUGAGGCCGAGGUUGCUCUGAUGGUUGAUUCUGGCACUGCGAGCAAGGUGUCGAGGAGGGAUGUCGCACAUCUCGUUGGACUGGGUAUUACUGGGAAGAAGGUCCACGGCGGCACAACUAUCGCCGGGACGAUGCUCCUCUCAAGACUGGCCGGUGUCCGUGUCUUCGGCACCGGCGGCCUGGGCGGCGUCCACCGCGGCGGCGAGACCUCCCUAGACGUCUCUGCCGAUCUCACGGAGCUCGGCCGCACGCGCGUGGCCGUUGUGAGCUCCGGCUGUAAGGGCUUCCUCGAUAUCCCGCGCACGCUCGAGUUCCUCGAGACGCACGGCGCCUUCGUUGCGACUUUUGCCGACGGCCGCCCGGCCGGCAGCAACGUCGACUUCCCCGCCUUUUGGGCCCGCGAGAGCGGCACAAAAAGCCCCGCGGUGGUCCAGACUGAGCAUGAGGCCGCCGCCAUGAUCCUGGCGCAGGAGAGGCUGGGCAUCGAGUCCGGCAUGCUGUUCGCCAACCCCAUCCCCGAGGAGUACGGCAUCCCCCGCGCGGAGAUGGACGCCGUCAUCGAGACGGCGGUCACGGAAGCCAUCGAGAAGGGCUUCACGGGCGCGAAAAAUACACCCUACGUCCUCGGCAGGAUCAGGCAGUUAACGGAGGAGCGGAGCACGCUGGCCAACAAGGCCCUGGUGAGGUCCAACGUGGCGCGGGCUACCAAGAUCUCGGUGGAGCUCUCGAAACUGCUGAACGCGGGCAGUGGUUUGAAUUCUUUGUCGAGCACACAUGUUUCUGGUUAUGAUAUUUCCCCAAAGCCUGUGACCAAAGUCGAAGAGCCCAAGUCUAGCAAGGCCGAUGUUCUCGUGGCGGGCUCCGUGGCGAUUGAUCUAAGCUGCGACUACCAUCCCCUCAGUGACAAGAAGGAGGUUGCGCCUCACAUGCAUACCUCGAAUCCUGCUUGCAUCAACCAGUCGAUCGGCGGCGUGGGCCACAACGUCGCCCUGGCUGCCCACAGAGUAAGCAAAGACACCACUGUACGCCUGUGCAGCUUGAUUGGCGAUGAUAUCGCCGGAGCCACCGUCCUGUCCUCUCUAAAGGCCUCGGGUCUCGAGACAACCUACAUUCGCCAGCUCACCUCCGAGUAUCACGUCGCGAACCGCACCGCCCAGUACGUCGCCGUCAACGACGCCGAGAAGAACCUCGUCAUGGCCAUGGCCGACAUGGGAAUCUUCGCCAACCACUCCUUCCCCGAGUACUGGAAGUCCGCCGUCGCGGGCGCCAAACCGCAGUGGCUCGUCGUCGACGGCAACUGGAGCCCCAAAGACAUCCGGGCGUGGAUUGACGCCGGCCGCGAGCAAGGCUGCAAGGUCGCCUUUGAGCCCGUCUCGACAGCCAAGUCCAUCAGUCUGUUCCCGAAAGAGCACCCGCACCUCGGCGUCUUUCCUAACCCCGGCAUCGACACUGCGUCGCCCAAUAAUUACGAACUGAACGCCAUGUACAGCGCGGCUAAGGAGAAUGGCUUCUUCGAUACACCCGAGUGGUUCGAGGUCAUUGACGCCUUCAACAUGCGCGGUGCCCGGGACCGGUUCGUGGCUCUCACGUCCAAGGAGAUGACGGACGCGGGCAUCCCCGUACAGACGGUUCACCUCCUUCCCUACAUCCCUACGCUCGUCACAAAGCUGGGUUCCAAGGGCGUUCUCCUAACCACUAUCCUGGGCAAGAACGACCCGAGGCUCAAGGACAGGAACGAGGAGAAGUGGCUGCUCACGAGAGGGUACGUCGAUCAUCCCACCGUCGGCGGCGUAUACAUGCGCCUCUUCCCGCCGGCCGAGAGGGUCGCCCUAGACGAGAUUGUGUCUGUCAAUGGUGUUGGGGAUACGUUCCUCGGUGUCCUGAUUGCUGGCCUGUCAAGAGGAGGCAAGGUUGAGGACUUGAUCGAUGUCGCGCAGAAGGCGGCGGUCAUGACGCUGAAGAGCCACGAGAGUGUGAGUCCCGAGCUGGGAAGGCUAGAUGGGGUUCUGAAGGCUUCUCUGAGGAGUUGA